CUGUGUUUCAGGGCCGGUCCCCGCGCCCCGCGGGUCCCGUGGGCUCUCAGUGCUCGCGUCCUCCCGGCCGAGGAGCCCUGCCCGAGGGCUCAGGCGGUCUGCUGCGGCCCCCACCCCCGGGUCUUUGCACUCCGUCGGCAAAGUUCGGCCAGGGUCCUGUUUCAGAGUUGGGGAUAGACAGUCCAAACGGCUUAUAUUCUGGUGGGGAGACCGAGAACGAAGUGUGUAAAUACUUAACUGCAGUAGCAACUGUUAGGAAGACUAGGAUGCAGGGUGGUAUAGCAGAGGGUGGUGGGCAGGGAGGGAGGCCUCACAGGGAGUGACUUCAGAGCUGAGGGAUCUAAAUCAGGGGCUCCCUCCUAGACGGCUGGGAAGAGGGGUCCUUGGAGAGUGAAGCGCUGGGGCCCUGGCCUGGGGCGGUGAGGCUGGUGAGCCUGUGCACAGCCUGGGAGUGGGGCAGGUGGAGCAGUGGUCGGGGCAGACCGGCCUUCUUGGAGGAGACUGGGUCCAUUCCUUUGGGAAUCUCUUCAGUUCCCGCCUACCCUGUCCUGCUGUACUUAUUUCCCCCUCUUAUUUCUUUUAUGUCAUUUAAUCUGUGGAUAUCUUAGUUUAUGUCUCUAAAAUGUAAGGCCUCCUUUGAAAAAUAUGUACCAACCACAGUACAUCAUCCCAUUUAAAAAUAUUGACUGUAAUUCCUCAAUAUCAUGGAAUAGUCAGGUAGUGGUCACAUUUCUGGGGAGAGUUUCAAGGGCAGGGACAUGGCCCUGUCUGCCUUUUCUGCCUCGUUCCUGCCUGGUUCUAGGAAGACCGGAGUCCCCGGGUUCCUCAGCAUGGCGGCAGAGGGGAGAAAGACCAUGACCUCACCCUUGAGACUCACCCUGACGGCUGGUGCUGCCUGUCUGUCCCUGUAGCGAGUGCUCAGCGUGUGUAAGCUCAUCGGUCUUACAAAAACCCAGGAACUAGGCACGGUUGUCAGGAUCCCACCCAACACAUGGCACAGAGAGCGUGCACCGCUUGCCCGAGGUCACACAGCUGACAAGCUGCAGAGACAGCAGCUCAGUGUGGGCGAUGGGGUGGAGGUUGGGGUCUCAGGCUGAGUGUGGGCUCUGUUCUUCACAUUAUCUGGCCUUUUCAUGCCUUCUCAGCACCUGAUUCAGUGAAUAGUGUAUAUUUUAAAACUCCCAGCUUUAAAAUCCUUAGCUAAAAAGCCAAACAUUCUCCUGCAAACACUGCCCUGGAUGCAAACUUGCAUCUUGCCUUAUUUUCCUGGGGCUCAGUGAAGCUUCCUAGCUGGGUCAUCACACACGGAACAGGUGGGGGUGACUGGGGUUUGGGGGAGCAAGGACUGGCCCCAGGUCACGACUGAGGAUGGCCUGGCCCUGGGAGGUCCCGAGCGCUGGCUGGGCCUGCGGAAUGUUGGGCAGUGCCCGGCCCGACCGAGUGCUCGAGACAGAGAUGGGUGUAGUGGGAGUGGACGUGGUGCCCGGUGGCCAAGACUGUCUGCUUUAGCUGCAGAUCGUUCCCCUUCCUCAACUCAGUAAACACCGACUGUGGUCACUGGGUGGGGACAAAGGUCUGCAGAGGUGGCCCUGUCACAGCCACUGUUGACUUUCCUUGGACACCGACCCGCAUGGCCUUCAGCCUGCCCCUGUCCUCUCUGCUGACGUGCCCUGAGCCCCUCCUGGGCACCAGCAGCCUUACCAGGGGCUGGGAACACAACCAGACCCGACCGCCCAGCCUGCACCACGGGGGCCCUGGUCUGGUAGGGAGGCGGCGUGAGCUGGCCGCCAGGCCAGCAUGGUGGACCACUUGCUCCCAGUAGACGAGACCUUCUCGUCGCUGAAACGCCCCGUCGGUUUUCUGGGUGACGGGCGGGCGUACCACAUGCUGCCCUCGCCCCUCUCCGAGGACGACAGCGAUGCCUCCAGCCUCUGCUCCUGUGCCAGCCCCGACUCGCAAACCCUGUGCUCCUGCUAUGUCGGUGGCCGGGGGCCCGAGAGCCAGGACAGUAUCCUGGACUUCCUGCUGUCCCAGGCCACCCUGGGCGGCGGCGUUGCGCCUCACGGCAGCCCCAUGGCCUGGGGGGCCUGGCGGAAAACACCGGCCCCCGUGAAGGGGGAGCAUUUCAGCUUCCCCGAGUUCCCGGUGGGUGACCCCGAUGACGUCCCUCGGCCCUUCCAACCCACCCUGGAGGAGAUCGAAGAGUUUCUGGAGGAGAACAUGGAGCCAGCGGUGAAGCAGGCCCCAGAGGGCAGUGGCAAGGACUUGGACGCCUGUGGCCAGCUCUCCACUGGGCCACACAGGGGCCACCUCCACCCCGGGGCGGGUGGCAGAGAGCGCUGUGCCUCACCGCUGGGGGCCGGUGCAGCUGGCAGCCAGGGCCCGGCUGGGGGCCCCGCCCCUGACACCCCAGUCCCACUGCUGCUGCAGAUCCAACCGGUGCCUGUGAAGCAGGAGUCGGGAGCCGAGCCUGCCUCCCCGGGGCAGCCCCCCGAGGCCGUCAAGGUGGCGCAGCUGCUGGUCAGUAUCCAGGGCCAGACCUUCACGCUUGUGCCCCAGGUGCUGCCCUCAUCCAGUCUCAGCUUGCCCUCCAAGUUCGUGCGCAUCGCCCCUGUGCCCAUCGCAGCCAAGCCCCUUGGGUCAGGACCCCUGGGGCCCAGCUCCGCAGGCCUCCUCGUGGGCCAGAAGUUCCCCAAGAACCCGGCGGCCGAACUCAUCAAAAUGCACAGGUGCACUUUCCCUGGCUGCAGCAAGAUGUACACCAAGAGCAGCCACCUGAAGGCCCACCUGCGCCGGCACACGGGCGAGAAGCCCUUCGCCUGCACCUGGCCGGGCUGUGGCUGGAGGUUCUCGCGCUCGGACGAGCUAUCGCGACACCGGCGCUCGCACUCGGGCGUGAAGCCCUACCAGUGCCCCGUGUGCGAGAAGAAGUUCGCCCGCAGCGACCACCUGUCCAAGCACGUCAAGGUGCACCGCUUCCCGCGCAGCAGCCGGCUGCAGCGGCCCUGACCCGCCCCCGCCCCCUAGCGGCCGCCGCCUCCGCCAGGCGCUCUGUAGCAAUAAGUUAUCAGCCCCCUUUGGAGGGACGUGACGCCCAUCUGGGCCAUCUGGAGCCCGGGGGUGCGGACUCAGCACCGCCACCUCCCCGGGGACCCGGAGGCACCCGCGCCGGCCGGAGGCAGCCUGCACGCCCCUCGCCUUCGGAGGCCCAGCCCCCCUCCCGCCGGGCUCCCCGCCUGGGCCGGGGCCAGCACUCGAUUGCCGGGGAAAGAGAAGUGCGCAGUGUUGAAAUGUCAGUUCCCGGAGGGAGCCUGCGGGGAAGAAGGAAGUAGGCCAGAAGUCCAGGCUGCACUGUGGCGUGGGCGUGGCUCCAUCCCCGGCCUGACCACCAGAGGGCGCACAGGGCGGUGCAGGGGCGGGACCUGGCCCCCAGGUGGCUGUGGGCUGGGUGAAAAGCCCCCUCUCGGCAAGGUGGCAGUGCAUGUGCUUGAGUUAAACAUGCAGGACAGACGGACGGUGCCGUGUGGCCCAUCCCCUCGCCCUGUUUGCAGACAAAUCCAGAAGGCACCUCGGGUCACCUUCAGGAGGAGAGGGCUGGUGUAGAAGAGCUAUGUAGAGCCUCCCAAAUCCUGAUUUAGAAGUGCAUUCCUUAUUUUGUCUAGAAAUUAAUAUCAAAUGAACUAGUUUGUUUUGAGAGGUUUAUUUCACAUCCUAUGAAUGUAUGUAAAUAAAAUGUACAUAGGUGCAUCGACAAAAUCUUUUAAUAACAUACCAACAUUGUGUAAAUUUGAAAUAAAAUCUAUAAAGCUGGUGUACAUAUGUUACAAUUAUGUAUAUUUUCUUUGGUCCUUCAUAAAAAUAUAUUUGCCAAUAAAAAGAAAAAGAACUUGAUAACUCUG